AUGGUCGCCGGCAGUGGCAGCCACGACGGCCGGAGCACUGCAGGCUGCUCGUCGUGCCUGCCGUUCUGCUUCUGGGGCUCCAGGGUACCGGCGCCGCCUGAGCGGCGGAGGCGUCGGCGGUGCAAGCUCAGGCUCAGGCUCAGGCUCAGGCUCAAGCUCAAGCUCAAGCUCAGCCUGUCCUGGUUCUCGUGGCCGUGGCUCCGGAAGAGACGCGGCGGCACGAAUUCGGAGGCGGCCGGCAAGAACAAGGGGGGGAGCAGGAGGAAGCUGCUGCUGCUGCUUCUCCGGUCGCUGCAGGCCAAGAAGGAGCUCGCGUCCGUCUCGUCGGGGAGCAGCCUCUUAGCAAAGGUACGCUGCGUCAGCAGCUUCGGCGGCGCCAAGAAGCGAAACCGGAGCAAGCCACGACAAACGGUCGAUGAUGACGCCGCACCUACCACAAGCUGCGCUGAAGAGACAGUGCCUUCUCAGGUGGUAUCGACCAGCCAGCGGUUCCUGAGGUCGGCCGAUGGCAUUUGGCGAGCCCCGUCGUCUAGGUUCCACUCGCUCCAGCUCAACCGUGGCGGCGUGGGGCCUUGCCCCGGCGGCAUGUGGACAGCGGCGACGACACUGGGCGUGAUCGUGUUCCUAGGCCGCAUCACCGCGAUGUUCUUCUUGUGCUCGUGCAUGUACGGCGCACGGUGGUGGUUCGAGGUGGCGCGGACCGAGACCAAGGGCGGCACUCCCGGUGGCGGUAGCAGCCGGAGGCUUGGUCACCGGGUGGCGCUGGACUACUUGUGCGCCGACGAGCACAAGAAGAAGAUGGCCAUGUAUGGGUUGUUGGACGCAGAUGGCGGCAAGAGACCGUCGUCACGCUUUUGUAUAUACUAG